GGCGAGUUAUAAAGCCAAUAAAAAGGUUUUACAUGUAAUAUGUGUUCCGUAAAGUGUAUUUUGGUAUACGUUUGUGGCGAUUUUGUUUAGUUUGUGGGGAAUCAAAUGUAAUACUUUACACAGCGCAUUUAACUCUGAUUGGUCAAUAUUUCAGAUAGUGCACUUAUCAGCCAAGAAAAUGCAAAUGUGCUGAGACAGAGGUAGUAAACAAAACACAAGGAAGGGGCCAAGCGUCAGCUGCAUCUCAGCUGAUCGGAAGUGGAGCGCGCAACCCCAAACCAUUGAGGCUAACUUAGCUAGCGAGUGAGGGAGAAAUGGCUGAUACCAUAGCUGAUACAAGGAGGCUAUUCUCCAAGCCUCAGAACUUGAAUGACGCGUAUGGACCACCUAGUAACUUUCUAGAGAUAGACGUGAGCAACCCGGAGACGGUCGGUGUCGGCAGGACCAGGUUUACCACGUAUGAAAUCAGACUAAAGACCAACUUGCCCAUCUUCAAGUUGAAGGAAUCUCGUGUGCGGAGACGGUACAGCGACUUUCAGUGGCUCAGAGGGGAGCUAGAGAGAGACAGCAAGGUGGUGGUACCCCCUCUCCCAGGGAAGGCUCUUUCCAGACAGCUGCCGUUCCGAGGGGACGAUGGGAUAUUUGACGAUUCUUUCAUCGAGGAGCGUAGAGCUGGGCUGGAGCAGUUCCUCAACAAAGUGGCUGGUCACCCCUUGGCCCAGAACGAGCGCUGUCUGCACAUGUUUCUGCAGGACGAGUCUGUGGACAAGACCUAUACCCCCUCCAAAAUACGACAAGCCUAAGAGAAGCGGGCCACCACGCGGCCCAGCCCCGGUCUAUACACGGCCAGGCCCCGCUCCACAACCCAAAGCUCUCUGCUCUGCUCUGAUCAAAAACAUUUGUAUAAUCGUCAUUCUUCUUUUGUUUGCAAUCACUUUCUUUCUUUGUCUUUUAUCUCUGUGUUGAUUAGUGAUCUCAUGUAGUGCUCGUUUUCAACUCUCGAUUGGAUCAAACUAGGAAAUGGUCUACAUGUAAAAACUGUGGUUGAAAAUAAUAUAUCAUUGUUUUUGCUGUCUCAAUGCCACUACCUUGAGUAUUUUACAGUAUGUUAUCUAUAUUUAUCAGUGAGGUAUGUCUUGGAUAUUCAUUUUUAAAGAAAUAUAAAAAAUACCUUUCCAUGUAUGCAAACCUCAUGUUAUAACCCCAUACAUUACACAGUGUUGUUUUUACUCAAUGUCCAAUUGGAAUGAUUGUCCUUGGCACACUUUGUCCCUGACUCUGAAAAUCACCCUUUGUGGACGGUCCAUCACUACCAUGAGCUGAAGCAUGUGUGUGUCUGUGUACUACCAGCCAGCGCUUCCACUGUUCGUUAGCCUGUAAAUUAUUUUAUAAUGAGAAAAAAUGCACCAGAGGGGAACCCCACAGCAUUUCUACCAACUGACCAUGUGUUUAUGAAAUGUGUAUACUGCUGUGCCAUUUUGUUAUUUUGAACAUUUUCCAAUAAAAUAGGUCAAACGCA